UGUCCCCGCCUCCAACAUAACCCCCUCCGUCUGCCCAAGACGCAGGCGCAUCUCCUCAAGUCUGGUCCUUUCCCACCUCUACUUUCUCUUUAUUUCGUUCCCCCUCCUCUUCUUGCACCUCUGCAGGUUCAAACUCUUCUAGAGGAGAGUGGCGGCGAUCGCGAAGUCACGUGAUGAGCAUCCUGCUGCCCAACAUGGCGGAGUUCGACACCAUCUCGGAACUGGAGGAGGAGGAGGAGGAGGAGGAAGAAGCAGCAACGUCGUCGUCGCCGCCGUCGUCGUCGUCGUCGUCGUCGUCGGUGUCUGGGCCCGACGAUGACGAGGAAGAUGAGGAGGAGGAGGAAGAGGAGGAGGAAGACGAAGAAGAAGGGAUAGAGGAGGAGGCGCCACCCCCACGUCGGGUAGUGAGCGAGGAACAUCUGCGGAGAUAUGCCCCCGACCCUGUAUUGGUGCGGGGCGCCGGCCAUAUCACUGUGUUUGGCUUGAGCAACAAGUUUGAUACUGAAUUUCCCUCAGUUCUAACAGGGAAGGUAGCUCCAGAAGAAUUUAAGACCAGCAUUGGCCGUGUGAAUUCAUGUUUGAAAAAGGCUCUCCCAGUCAAUGUGAAAUGGCUGCUUUGUGGAUGUCUCUGCUGCUGUUGCACACUGGGUUGCAGCCUGUGGCCUGUUAUUUGUCUCAACAAAAGAACCAGAAGAUCAAUUCAGAAGUUACUAGAAUGGGAAAAUAACAGACUAUAUCACAAGCUUGCUUUGCACUGGAAGUUGACUAAAAGGAAAUGUGAAACUAGCAAUAUGAUGGAGUAUGUAAUACUAAUAGAAGUCUUACCAAAAUAUCCCAUAUUCCGACCUGACUGAGAAGUUUUAUUCAGUCACUUCUAUGUUACCUGUCAUUUCCUACCCUUAGUGCCUUGUAGAUGAUUUUGGAAUGAAGGUGGUCUUCUUUGCUGUAUUCAACUUAUUCUUUAUAAUAAUAGAAUAUUCUCCUCACUCUUCUAUUUGUGUUGGUUUAAGAAGAAAAUUUGCACAUCUUUUUUUGUUGUUGUUGUUAAAUUAAGCUUGUGUUUCACACUGUAAAUUUUUAAAUACACAUGCAUAUAUAUAUACACAUAUAUGUGUGUAUAUAUAUAGUUGCCACUAAAAAUAAAACAUCAGUACUGGUGUUUAAAAACGAAAACAACCCUGUUCUGAGCAUGCUGCCUUAUAAUUUUCAUACUCAGUGUUCCUAAAUAUGCAUCAUUUUUCUAGGCUACUUAAUGCUCUGUAAUCCCUUACUGGACACACUUAAAUAAGCUUUUAGUAGCUUUUAGAACUGGUUUUACUCUGCUUUUAAAGGACAUGCAAAUAAUAGUUCUGGUUUUGUCCUGCACUUUGCUAAAUUAUUACUUAUGUUAGUGGAUAAAAUAUUUAAACUUCUAAAGACUUGUAAAUAUUGUCUCUUUGCAUAAUGUAAAAUGUGGUAUGCUAUGGUUUACAGAAUGUAAUAUUACUCUUACUGUUGCCAACAAUUCUGCAUAGAUUUUAAUAUGAAUGAAAUUUGCUAGCGUCCUUUUGAAUGUAGAGACCAUUAACAUACAGUUUUAUGGCAAAGCCGUGAGUUUGUUAAAAUUUCAGGUGUAGGAUAGGGUUGCCCUUUGUGUAACAAGCAGAUUAAAAUUGAAAUCAUUAGUUCACCCAUCAUGCAUUGAACCUGAAACCAAGGAUGUGACUUUUUUUCUAUUUAAUUCAGUAUUUCCCAUUUUGACCUCUACUCCUUCAACCAAAAUAAUUUUUUUACAUCUGACAUAUUUUAUAGCCUCUAUAUUCAUUUCAUUUUUUUACAUAUUUACUCCCUCCUUUGAAAAUGCCCAGAAAUAUGACUUUUAAGAAGUAUUUUGAAAUUUCACAUGCCUUGGAAAGUAUCUAGACCCCCAUGAAAGCCACUGAUGACCCUUUUCUGGAGUUCAGAUACUCUGUUCUGGGAAAGAACUAGUUGUGAAGCUAUGCCUAAAGAAUAUAUUGUGGCUGACUUAUAGUUGAGAAGAUAUUCUCAAUCAUCUUUUUGAGGAUCUUUUUUAAAUACUCAGAUGUUAUUGAAGAAAGACAAGUGUUUAGACAAAAAUAUUUUAGUGUGGUAAUUUUACCAUGCAUGUAGCCAUUUUAUUGGUAUGUGCAUAUUUCUCUUUCUUUUCACAAUUAAGAUGAAUGAGAAUACCAUUCCAGUUUUACUAGACUGUGAAGUUUUAGCAUAACAAAAGCUUUAUGUCGCAUUAACUGCAGAUGUAUGUCUGUGUGUAUGCAUUAUUUAUAAUUCAUAGUGCUAAAAAUAAAAAGUGUCUGGGACUGAAUAAUAUUCUAUUUGUCAUCCUACUCAUACUGCGUUUAGUAAGCUUUAUAGGCAAACAUUCAUCCCAGUGAAGAGAACAAUCAUUUAUUCACACAAGAAAAAGCUUUUUAUGCUACUUUUAAAAUGUAUGCCUAAUUUUAAAUCUACAAUCCUUGACCAGUAAAAAAGGAGGGGGAAAAGAGAAACUUACUUGAUAUAUGAUUAUAAUUGUUUGCACUAGGGCUUUCCCACCUCCCUCAGUGGAGCCCCCUUUAUCCACAUGCCACCCAGCAACCCCAGAUCUCUAACUUUUAAUAUAUUGUAUAUGCCUGAAAAUAUGUGUUUGCCUGCUGUAAAAUUGAAGGUGUAUUUUUAUAUAUAAGGUGGAAAUCUCUGAAAAUGCAUACCCAGUGUUUUGUUUUAUAGCUAAGAUCAAGGAAAAAUUGUAUGUGUGGUUUAUGUUCCAGCUAAUGUCAUCAAAUUUAUGCUUUAGACUGUGAAAUUUUAAUACCAAAAAUCAUUUCCAGCGUAAUACACAAUUUCUAAUCAUUGCUGAUAGAAUAAAUUGCUUCACAGUAUCAACUCUUAAACUCUUACAUUUUUCUAUAACCUUGGAAUUUGAUCAGUUGAUGAUCAUAACUUUUUUUUGCCAUGUAUGUAUAAACCUCACUUGGUUUUCCUCAAAGAACAGCAGGAAGUAGUAAAUUAUUUUCAUGAAACAAUAUUAAGACAGGAAUAGAGUCUAUCUGGAGGUGACAGUAUGGUGUUUAUCAUAGAAAUCAUUUGCUGGCAUAUAUAAUUUUUUUCUGCAGUAAUGGGGAUCAAAUCCAGGGCUUUGUGCAUAUGCUAGUCAAAUGCUCCACCUCUGAGCUACAUCUCCAGCGUUUGUCUGUUUGUUUGUUUGUUUGUUUGUUUUAGAGACAGCAUCUCACUGUUACCCAGCUGGCCUGAAAGUUGUGCUCCUUCUGCCCAUGCCUCCCAAUUUUAAUCAUGCUUAAAUUGAUUAUUUUAUUGUUCAUUAUGAUAGUUGGCUAAUCUUAGUUAGACUACUCAGAAAACACUAAUUUUCUCUUUUUUCUUUCUUAUAUAACUGCUGUUUCAAACUGUUUUCCCUUGCAAGUGGCUGAUGAGCAGUUGGGUAUUUUGGAGUGUUUGAAGAGGGAAUUAUUUUCUUUUCAAUGAAAUUGGCAGCAGUGAAUGCUGAAAUGACAACAUACACUGUGGUAAUUAAUUCCUCCUCCAUUAAGUCUUUUUGUUUUAUCCUCAGGAUGGAGUAUACUUGUUUGUUUUUUCCAUUGGGUUACUAAUUUUGUGAAAGUUGUUUCUAGGUUGAGAAAAGUAAUUUUGAAUUUCUUUUUUACAUAAUACUCCUUAAUAAAAUCUGCCAUGGUUGCAUGCAUUUGCCAAAGCAUAUACAUUUCACUAGGCUUUGAGGUUACAAGGCAAGAGAUUUCUUUAAAAUUCACACUCGAAUGCUUUUCAUUUGACCCAAGAUUCUGGCUUAAUAAAUUGAUCAAGCUGGCCAUUUUUAAGCUCAUCCAGAAGGCCAAUACUAUUCAUAUUAUUAAAAACAAAUAUGGGCAAGUGUCAUUUACAGAUUAAUUUCAUCCCAAGGCAUGUGCUUUAUUCUUUGUUCCCUCCUACCUCCAUGUUAAUUUAGAAAAGAGACCAUUAUAGUCAGACAUUUGAAGUAGAUGGAGAAGUGCCUUGUCUUUUUUGAACAAAGAUAACAUAUUAUGUGGAAGGAAGCAGAAUGAAUUGGUAGAUUAUUAGAUUAGAAAUCAUCCUCUUCAACUAGAUCUAGAAAUACUUUACAAGUGUAUCGUAUUUUAUUAUAUAAAGCCUAUUUCCUUGUUUUCCUCUAAUAUGUGAUAUAUUAAUGACAGACUAUCACAAAAUAGGACCAUCAGUCAUUUAAAAGCUAGGAUAAUUUUAAUGCUAGUAAGCAUAAUUUUAAUUGGUUCUGGGAGGACAGUGGUCUUUGAAGCCCUACCAAAACCCACUUAAGUAUUUAAUGUCUAUAUCAUACAUAUUAUUAUGACCUGUAAACACUAAUGUCUGAGAAAUUACACUGCUAAUAUUUAUCAAUAUAUUUUAAUGAAAUUUUUCUUGUUUUUUGAUAAUUUCAGUAAAAUUUGAUAACGUUUGUAAGCCUUUGAACAAGUAGGGUUUUUUCAAGAGUAUGAGAGCUUUAAAAAAUCAUUAGCAUUUUUAUUUUCUUUAUAGAUAAUUGCCACUUUAAAAAAGUCAAACCUUACUACUUCAACAUAAAGCCCCCAAAUGAUAUUUCAUUAGAAUUUACUAUAUUGAUAUAGGAAGAUACAAAGGAUAUAGAAAUUAUAUUCAUCUCCUGAUUAAUUGGCGCACUUUUACAUGGAAAUACUGUUUGCUAAUUUGAUUAUAAAUGCUCAAGUUUCUUAAAAUUAGGUCCUGUUACACCUAUAAAAGUCUGCUCUUUAAAAAACAUUUGUUUUGAAAUGAUUGCCAAAUUAUUCCAUUUUCCUUAAGUGGUGAAUUGUGGGAAAUUUUUCACAGAAAAGGCAUAGGUUUUAUUAAUAUCUGUACAUGUAAUAUGUAGACGGAUGAAUAGAUAGAUAGAUACAUAGAUACAUAGAUAGAUAGGACAGGGCCUGAUUAUAAGCCAACCUUUUCAUUUUGAUGAUGGCAGCCUGAGAAUAUGUUCCAUUUUCUAUGGAAUUUGUCAGACUCCUGUUAAAUGAAGAAAUGGCCUAAUAUUCUGGGCCCCAUAAAAGUCACCUAAAUUAUAUGUCAGCCUCUUGAUCUGUAAAAUUACAGGGCUGAACCUAAAGCUGAACAGAAAAUUAGAGAUUAUCUAACAUUCUGUGAUGCUAGGAAUUCUUAGGAAAUUUUUACUCUAUGUAUUUAGAAUGAUUUUUCCCAAAUCUGCUACCCUUGAUGGAAACUCUCACAGCAUCUUGCACACGUUGAAAGUGCAGUUUACUGGCUGGCUGUUCAAGUGUGUUAUUGUUACUCAGACUGAACGUGAUGCCUGCUAGACCUUAAUCCUUCCAUGUUGAUAAAAGUGAAUGUAAUUCCUCUAGCAACUGAGGACUGAGGUCUAUGUGCUUUAACUAUGUGGAAUCUAACUAUGCAGUUGGUAUCCAGGUGAGAAUGAUAGCUUUGACAAUGGAUAUAUGGUUUGACAUUUAUAUGAGGGAUUUCAUAUCCAGCUCAACAUAUGCUUUAGUGUUUUAUGAAGUUCCAUAUCCUCAAAAAUAUCUAUGGGAACAAACUGAUAAGUUUAGGUGGAAAGGAAAAUAAUGUGUACUUCAAACCCAAGUCAAUUGUGGUUUAAUUUUUAGCUUUGCUGCCUAAUUCCUCUGUAUCUCAUGUCCUCAUUGCUGAAGUGAGGACAAUAAUCUGUACCUACCUCACGGGGGAAUUGAGGAUUUUUUUCAUUUAUUAAUGUGUUCUGAAGUUGAUUGAAAGAUAUACUAGAUAUCAUAAUUAUGUAAUUCCUAAAUAGUUUCCUUUAAAUCUGUUUUCUUUCUCAGUAAGACCCUACAGAAUGAGUGUUGCAGUUGAUCUAUUUUUCAGUAAUAAAUUUUGCUAUUAAACAUGACUAAUUGUAUUAUGUUAAACAUGACUAAUUGUAUUAUGUUAAUACUUGAUUAGGGAGGAAAAACAGGUAGAGUAAAUCAGUGAUUCCUAGUUUGGGGCAGAUGAAGUUAAAAGUGGGGGAUAUCCUUGAUCCUUUUGAAUUAUUUCAAAAAAUACACUAGAAAUUGUACAUUGACCCAUAAUAUUUCUGCUACACGAGCCAAUUGAGACAUGGAAUUUUCAGGCAUUUUCCUUAUAUUCUUUCAAUUCUGUCAGUAAACACUGCUUAAUUACACUAAUCGGAAGCUGUGAAUAGCAGUAUUUUCAUUAUUGAGUAAAAGAAAAGCCUAUUAUUACAUGCAAUUUGUUAAAUACUUGAAAACACAGAGAAGGAAUCAAGAAGAGAUCCACAUGAUGAAAAUGUUGGGAGCCACUUUUAUAAAAGAACUAAGAUUAUUUGACUCUUCACAGAUUGCUUACCUAGUCCCUAAAUAAUGAAGAGGGGUGUGUGGUUGUGUGUGUGUGUGUGUGUGUGUGUGUGUGUGUGUGUGUUGCUAGAUUGGUCUAUAUAACUUCAGAGUAGAAUUCAUCUUCAGUUUUCUUUUUUAGGACUAUAUAACAGCUAAUUUACCAAGGCGUGUACAUGUAAUUUAUAUAUCUAUAUAUACACGUACAAAAUUCCAAAUGUGGGAAGUGUUAUGUCAUGUUUUAGCAUUGGGUUAUAUAUCGGUUUCUGAGUCUCAAAGUAGUUCUGUGUGUAAACUCAACAUGAAUCAGGGCAAUAAUUUCUCAAAUAUUCUUUUUCUGUUUAUAUUAUUUAAGCUUUUAUCUUGGCUUAAUUUUCCAUUUUUCUAGUAAGCAAAUAGUGUAAAAUUGUUUUAAUGCCUGGACUUUGGAACAAGUUACAAAUGUUUAAAACUAUAUAAUCUACAAGCUAGUUUGCCAUUCUUGGACUAACCGCAAUGAAAUAUGAGUCUCAGCGGCAAGAACAGAACAUCUGGAUAGCUAAAAAGUGGACAUUGAUCAAAACAUCUGGCAGAAAAUCCUACAAUUUCUACUUUUUGGCAGAAGAUUCCUGUUGGGACAGCUUUACCAGAAAAGAAUAAUAGUGGAUGUGUCCGUUCAAACCAAGAACUUUCAUGCUUCUUGUAGUGUAACAUAGCCUGUGGAAUGAAUCCAUUUUUCUCUCUUGAAUCCAGAGAUGACUCCUCUGGAAGAACUCAACCUAUAUACAGCUGUGCCAAAAUAAAGAAUACCUGCCUCUCUGAAACUGUCACUGCUGCUUCUGUCAUUGUUCACUUGUCAAAUAAAACUUUAUUCUCAGGAUGCAAAAUUAAAAUAAAGUGCAAAUCUAUAUAA